GCACAGCAGUAAGCGGGGCGACGCUGUCGUGAUUGGUCGCCGCGUCCCGAUGUCUCGCGCACAGAAUUUAAACUAGUCGCGAUCGAGUUCAUUGUGAGAAGCAAUGUUUUGUUCGCCAAUACAAGUUUACGUUCUCUCAACAAAGCUGAUUUGAGACAGUUUUUUUUCGUAAUGAUUGUGAAUAUUACACAGAUAUGUUCUGUUGCCUAAAACUAAAACUGGAUACAUAUGGUUUAAUGAUUGUACCGAUUACAGUCUGACCUCGCAUAGAGGUAAAUAACAUUAGUGAAACGGUAAAAUGGAAUUACCCUCAUCUGCUCUUCGGCGAGUUCUAAGAGGAGGAAUAUCAACUUACAGAAAUGAGGUGACAUCGACAGUUGGAGCUGCAAUAUGAAAAUCAAGCAUUACCCAGGAAAAGCGGUCAUGGAGGACCCGUGGCUCUCGAUCGGUGAUAGGACUAUGGACUUGGUGUACGCUGCGAAUUGGGUUGGAGCAAGGAAUCUCAGUAAUUAUAACGAAAAUGAUCAUAGUUCUGAUAAGACUAAGUUCAACUCAAUAUCACGAAGCAAGUCCUGCAGAGACGUAGGGCGCGGAAAUGACAAAAUUUACGAAAAACCGUACUCUGACGACAGUGGUUUCUACUCUAGCAUCGUUCCUAAUGAAAAUAUAUCUCAACUAGCCAAAUAUCAACAAAAUAUAGAGGAAAAGGCGCGAGCCAACAAUAAUCUCAUAGCACAAAAUAAGUUGAAGCAUAGUUAUAGUUUUAAAGACAUGCCCAACGGGUAUAGACCGUCUACGCUAAGGCGUGUAAAACGAAGAAAUUUUACAGAGUGGGAUAUUGAAGCUUUUGGAAGCAACGGUAAACAAGCGCCUGUGCCUCCACAGCGGAAGGACUCUUUAAAAUAUGCACAUAGACAAAGGAAAGUAGAUUCUAAGAAAAACUAUUAUCCACUACCUGACCCCGGCCCAGUGCCGCCUGACCCUGCUUCCGAAUCUUACUACGAAUACUAUUCAAGAGUUAGUCAACAGAACAAUGAUACUGAUAGCGAUAUGAUUAAACUAUUGAAGAAUGACACGAAGAAGGAGAAGUACCCACAUAACGGGGAGUCCUCAGAGGCUUCCCCAAGCAAUUUCGGGAACGAUGCAAUGUACCAGAUAAUCAACACAAUGGCUACCCUAGACUUGACGCCAAUGAAAUCCAGAUCAGGGCAGCAAAAAGCCGCUGUGGAUUGUGAAGCGGAAGAUUUGGGGCUAUACAUGCGGCCUAUUAAUGGAUCGUUAUCUACAUGCGAACAACUUCCGAACCACACUACGCAACCAGUUAACGAACGAAACGCACGUAUUGAAGAUGUUAAGCCGAGCUUCCGGUCUAAAUCAUUGAGAGUUAAGAGCGAGGGCCGAGCGCCUCUGCGGGCUUACCUUGACGCGGUGCAGCGCGACAGUUCACACAAUGACGUCACUGUCACGCAGCCCAAGAGGAAUCUGUCUCCAAGCGAGCAGCUGACCAUGAUGCAGUUUGACAUGUACAACGGAAACCAACAUCCCCCUCUAUCAACAAACGGGUUCGCCGUCGAUUUGGGAAAGGAAAGUGACAGUCGGACUACGAACGGUGUUACGAAACAUAUUAAACGUGAUAGGUAUGGCAAGUUGUACAAUACAGUGAGAGUGAAAAGUGACGAUAGGUAUGAUAGGUACGCUGACAUUAUGUCUUUUGGAGCGCCAAAGGACCGUAUAAGCGAGGAACGGGUGUCGAAUGGCAAUGGUGUUUACGCGAGGAGUGCGAAAAGUUCGUCUAGUGGUUCGGACUCUGACUUCUCUAUACCGCGGCCUAAGCUGAUAGUGCCUGUUCACACGUAUGGGACACGGAAGAGAAGGACAGGGAAUCUGUGUCAGCGGGACAGUAACGCCACUGAGUCGUCACUGGACGCUGGGAUAAUCCUGGAUGUCACGCGCCUGGAAGAAGAGAAACCAGCUGAAAAGCCCCAGCGCAAUGAAGAACCAGAGGGUCGCGUGGAGGUCUCCCGCGAGAACAAAUACCUCAGCACCAUGGCUCCCGGCAAAGUCUUCGGCGAGCUGGCCAUCCUGUACAACUGCAAGCGAACGGCCACCAUAAAGGCUGCGACCGACUGCCGGCUUUGGGCCAUCGAGCGGCAGUGCUUCCAGACUAUCAUGAUGAGGACUGGUCUCAUCAGGCAGGCGGAAUACACGGACUUCUUGAAGAGCGUCCCAAUCUUCAAAGAUCUACCAGAGGACACGCUCAUAAAGAUCUCCGACGUGCUAGAAGAGACACACUACCAGAACGGCGACUACAUCAUCAGGCAAGGGGCGCGGGGUGACACUUUCUUCAUCAUCUCGAAGGGACAGGUCAAAGUGACCCAGAAACAGCCCAACAGUAACGACGAGAAAUUCAUUAGAACUCUCACGAAAGGCGAUUUCUUCGGAGAAAAGGCAUUGCAAGGGGACGACCUCCGAACGGCAAACAUCAUCUGCGAUUCGCCAGAGGGCUGCACCUGCCUCGUGAUCGACCGAGAGACCUUCAACCAGCUCAUCUCCGCCCUUGACGAAAUACGCACCAAGUACAAGGACGAGGGAGAUAGCAGAGCAAGAUUAAACGAGGAGUUCGCCAACCUCCGCCUCUCUGACCUGCGGAUAAUCGCAACUUUAGGUAUCGGCGGCUUCGGGCGCGUGGAGCUGGUGCAGAUACAGAACGACUCCAGCCGGUCCUUCGCUCUGAAGCAGAUGAAGAAAGCCCAGAUCGUUGAAACCAGACAGCAACAGCACAUCAUGUCGGAGAAGGAAAUCAUGUCGGAGAUGAACUGCGAGUUUAUAGUGAAACUGUUCAAGACGUUCAAGGAUAGAAAAUACUUGUACAUGCUGAUGGAAACUUGUCUCGGAGGCGAAUUGUGGACUAUUUUAAGAGACAGAGGACAAUUUGACGAUGCUACCACUAGGUUCUACACUGCGUGUGUUGUUGAAGCUUUCCACUAUUUACAUUCUAGGAAUAUUAUUUAUAGAGAUCUCAAACCAGAAAACCUUUUACUGGACUCGAAGGGCUACGUGAAGCUGGUGGACUUCGGCUUCUCCAAGAAGCUGCAGGCCAGCCGCAAGACCUGGACCUUCUGCGGCACGCCCGAGUACGUCGCGCCCGAGGUCAUCAUGAACCGCGGCCACGACAUCAGCGCGGACUGUUGGUCCUUAGGUGUACUCAUGUUCGAGCUGCUCACUGGAUCCCCGCCGUUCACGGGCGCCGACCCCAUGAAGAUCUACAACAAGAUCCUCAAGGGCAUAGACGCGGUGGAAUUCCCCCGCUGCAUCACGCGGAACGCCGCCAACUUGAUCAAGAAACUGUGCCGCGACAACCCUGCGGAACGGCUGGGAUACCAGCGGGGAGGCAUCACUGAGAUACAGAAGCACAAAUGGUUCGACGGCUUCAACUGGGAAGGCCUGGCGCAGCGCACCCUUGACCCGCCCAUCACGCCAGUCGUAAAGUCCGCCAUUGACACCCACAACUUCGACCAGUACCCGCCCGACGGCGAGGAGCCUCCGCCCGACGACCUCUCAGGUUGGGACGCCACAUUCUAGCCCGAGCGAGACGCAAGAUCGCUGUGAGCGAGACGACACGUCUCCGAUUCCACGCGUCUUCGUUGAAGCGACGCAUCUGAAUCUUAACUAAAGCCCAGUCUGUGAGCACGUAGAAUUUUGUCCAAUGACCCCAAGCUACCCAUUGCACACACACUGCGGGCGCCCGUCGCACAGUCGCGACAGCAAUAUUACGCGCGAGCGAUAAGGAUGGGUAGCUUGGGGUCAUUGGACAAAAUUUGCUGCUCGCAGACCAGACUAUACUCUCUGCCGAGUCAAAUAACGAUGCAAUUUUAUUUUAUCGUCGCUAUGAAAGUUACUAAUCGAAUACGCAGUUUACUUACUUUUGUAUGUACAGUUAAACAAAUGUAAGCUAUUUCUCACGUAGAUAACGAGUUAUCUAUGCAGUUCGAUUUAACAGAAUCUUAAUGUUACGUGUACUUUGUUUAUAAUAAGGCUUGCCAAGUAUUUAUCACAUGUAAGAAUGCGCACUUGUAAAUAGUACACUAUCGUGUUUUAUAAUGGGAUUCUUAAUUCGUUUAAUUCAUGAAUCAUUUACCUAGUUUCAUUUCCGUUUCUUACAUAAAUAAAUAAUAAUUUAAGAAUUUAAUUGUAAAAUUCGAUGUAGGCCUAUCGUCUAUUCAAUGAAAUUUUAUCAACAACUUUUACAAGAUAUGCAUUAUCUAUUAUUUCAAUAAACACUGAACAUUUUACCUUAGGACGCAUUACUGUAAUAUUUGUGUACGUAUUUAUAAUCAUAAAUCUAUUAUAAACUAUAUGCAAUAUUCGGUGCGAAAAAAUGUGAUGUGAAUUUAAAAUAUUUUAUGUGCCAACUUUAACUAGAUUUAGGAAGUGUUGUUGCCAAUUUUCUCUUCUGUAUUUAAAACUAAUCUUUGACAGGGUCACCACAAAGCCAAAAUACUGUUACCACAUUCAGUAAUAUCGAGAUUGGCCUAUUGCAACAUCGAUCAGUCUAUAGUAACUAAUUAUAGUCAUAAAAAUAUUUGACUAGUACAAUGAAAUCACUACAUGAUACGUUGUAAUCAUAAACGGGAAAUUUUAAAUGAAAUACUAUUCACAAGUUAUAAUUUUACGUUGUUUAUAAAAAAAUU